AUUGAAAAAAUAUUGAUUUUUUGCGGAGAUAUUCGAUUUUAAAGUCGCGUAAAUCUCACAGACCCAGUCUGUCCAACUAGUCGUCAUUUGUGAGGUCUGUCUACGAAGGAUUAAGCGCGACGGAUUAUAACAAGAGCGCAAUUAACGUAUCGUGUUGUGAUAUAGCAAUCUCUUGUAAGUUAAAUUAACUUUUUUACUUGUACUUUUUGAACAAAUGUUUAUCUUAAAUGUUAUAGUGAAAAAUGUCUUACACAGUUUACAUUAGAUAUUUUGUUUAGUGUAUAAUUCAGAUUGCGCGCGACUUUCUGUGACUUCGUAUAAUACUCGGUACAUAUCGAUCUGCCUUUUCGCUAUAGCGUCCUAACCCAGACGUAGUCUUUGCCGUUAACCUUGAACUUCAACCUCAGCAUUAGUAUUCGGUUGCGAAAGUUCACCGUUUCGUGAUUCACCUAGGAUUAAGAAUAAACGUUCGAACAAUGUAGAACAAACUAAUUUGAGACUAUAGAAUUCAAUUAAAGGAAUCUCAAUCUUUAAUCCGAGGAAUCAGAAAAUGUGAGUUCGAUUAAAAACAUUAAGAGCAAUUUAUGCUAAAGUUAACCUAAUCAUUUCCAGAGAUGUUUGCUUAUCAAAUUGAUUGACGCACGACAUAUCACACAAGUGCAAUAAAACCUGCACUCUAGCAGCGCUGCAUGUUGUCCGUACAUGUGUAUUUUGUUGCACUUGCCUUUGCAUUACGUAAGUCCACGGCAUGUCUCAGGACUCUUUAUACUCUGUUGUGUGAGUUGUCGUGUGGAUGUCGAUGGAGAGACAAGGCAAUCGCAUUUCCUACGUGCGUGUGUGGUCAAGGUCAUAAGCGCAUGCGUGCGAGUCGGCUCGUCGCCGGUUUUAUUUAGAGAUCGCGCGAUACAAUGCGAGAAACUGCAUAAAAGCUGGCGAUAAAUAGUUUUUAGAGACCCUCAUUGUUGAAGAAGACCGUCUUCAAUUGUCUAAUCUGAAGAAAUCAAACCGACGAUGCUUUUUUAUAAUAAUGUUGUUGACGCGAUCUUGCUUUGCAGGACGGUAAUAUCGCGUUCGAUUACUUAAUAAAUACCGAGUUGUCACACGUGACAAUUUUAUUUUGAUUAUUUACGAAGCGAAAUUUUGUUCAUUGUGUUUAUGCGCUCGUCAUCAAGAGUUUUGUGAAUAAACAACAAUCGCUCGUGCACGCGCAGACAUUUUUUGAAAUCUUUGAUCUCUCACGUGGAGAAUACAUUUCUUUCUGUGUCUGGAAUAUUUUUAUCUUCCACAAUCGCGCGAAAAAAGAGCAAAAUAAAUUAUUAUAUCAAAAAAAGCGAGAUUUAUGUCGAGUAUCUCUCACUUCGCAUUAUCUCUCUCUCUCUCACUCUGCGAACGAAAACGACAGUAUUCGGAGAAAAAUAACCAACAUGCCGCGUACUUUUUGCGAAUUUCUUCAACAGCCGCUUUUUUUCUCAAGCGCGCGACUGCGGGAUCGAGUCGGCACAUUUGUCUUCGCGUCUAUUCCCGAUAUCCCGCAGGAGACGCUGAGGGAAUGGAAAGGAUUCCCGAGGGAAGCGCGCGUCUGUGUUCUAUCUCUCUUCUCGCCACCCACUCCUGAAUUUCUGACGGGUUCUCGACCGGCGGCGACCUUCGCGAAAGCAAGACUUCUCUUCGUUCAUCGGAACGAGCUUUAUCCUCGCGUAUUUCUCCAACACGCAAAAAACGUAAAAUAUGACUGUCUGCUUCACGACGGACUUCUGAUUCGCCGUUUAAACGCGUGUUUAUAUAUCGCACUUUUCGCUCGUCUCGCAUAUCGAGCUAGUCGAAUACGUUCAACUUGCGCGAGAUAUAACUCGAGCACAACUAAUAAAAUUCGGAACAGGAUUUUAACUUGGUUUGAUCGUAUCUACAUAUACAAAGUAGCUAAGUAACUGGUCGCGCGAUCGAUCACGAACGAACCAAAGAAGUGCAGUGAGCAACCAUACCAAAUCGAUACCAAAAGAGACGGAGUUUUUAAUUUGUGCGAGGGAAAGAGAGAGAGAAAGAAAGAGAAAGGACAAGGUGGAAAGAAAAGAACUUUCGCGCGAGAUGACACGGCGAGGACGUGGCGGGAUUUACGUUUAAAAGAUCGAAAAAUAACAACUGAAGGAGAACAAAGUUUACGGGGUGGCGUGCCUCGGGAGUGUGUGUGAGGAAGUGCGUGAAAUAAAACAGUCGGCGAAAUAAAUCUAUUCACGGUGUCGAGUGAAAGUAAAACGGGCAAGCAGCCAGGCAAGAUGAUGAAAAAGGAGAAACCGAUGAUGUCGGUAACGGCCAUCAUCCAGGGGACUCAGGCCCAAUGCUGGGCAUCACGUAACAGCUCCUGGCUGAGUCUAGAAAACAGCAAUAUGUCAAUGUCAUCGGUAGGCCCACAAAGUCCCCUCGAUAUGAAACCAGAUACGGCGCUUAUCAAUCCGGGAAAUUUCAGUCCAUCAGGUCCUAACAGUCCAGGACCCUUCAAUGCUGGUUGUCACAGCAACCUCCUGAGCACAUCGCCCAGCGGUCAGAGUAAAACAGUCACGUCUUAUCCGCCGAAUCACCCUUUGUCGGGCAGCAAACACUUAUGUUCGAUUUGUGGCGACCGUGCGAGCGGGAAACACUAUGGCGUUUAUAGCUGCGAAGGAUGCAAAGGAUUCUUUAAGAGGACAGUGCGUAAAGAUCUUUCGUACGCCUGUCGCGAGGAGAAGUCGUGCAUCAUCGACAAGCGGCAGAGAAAUCGUUGUCAGUACUGCCGGUACCAGAAAUGUUUGGCAAUGGGAAUGAAGAGGGAAGCGGUGCAAGAAGAACGUCAACGCACCAAAGAACGGGAUCAGAACGAAGUAGAGAGCACAAGCAAUAUAGAUAUGCCAAUCGAACGCAUCCUCGAGGCAGAGAAACGAGUCGAAUGUAAGGUGGAGAAUCAAGACGCUUAUGAGAACGCUGUAUCCCAUAUUUGCAACGCCACGAACAACCAGCUGUUCCAGCUUGUGGCAUGGGCCAAGCACAUCCCGCACUUCACAUCAUUACCAUUAGAAGAUCAGGUGCUUCUACUGAGGGCAGGCUGGAACGAGCUGUUGAUAGCUGCAUUCUCCCACCGUUCAAUCGAUGUGAAGGACUGUAUCGUCUUAGCGUCGGGCACCACAGUGCAGAAAGAUUCGCAAACUGCAAAAGAAUCAGGCGAUCUACACACAAUAUUCGAUCGCGUGAUUACGGAAUUGGUAUCGAAAAUGCGUGAAAUGAAGAUGGACAAGACCGAACUAGGAUGUCUCAGGUCUAUUAUUCUUUUCAACCCCGAUGUGCGAGGCCUCAAAGAACCAAAAUAUGUCAACUCGCUGCGUGAAAAAAUUUACGCCGCUUUGGAGGACUACACCCGCAUGACUUCACAAGACCCGGGCAGGUUUGCCAAGUUGCUGCUUCGUCUGCCGUCUAUACGUUCGAUCGGUCUUAAGUGCCUGGAGUAUCUAUUCUUCUUCAAGUUAUCUACCAACGAGCAAAUCGACGAAUUUCUUAUGGAAAUGCUGGAAUCACCCUCGGAUCCUUAGGAGCAGAAGGUGUGCCGCCUUCUGGGGCACACCGACUUGUAAAAAAGAAGAUAAAGAAGAAGAAGAUGAGAUAAAAGAAAACAAGAGCCCGCAUUCGAGUCGAGUUUCGCAUUCGAGAUGCAACGAUUUCUAUACUGUGUCACUUCUUCUAUACGUCACAGUAUAGAUUAUCUGCGCGUCGAGCGAGAUGGAAUUUACUUACUUUUCUUCAUAUAUAUAUAUAUAUAUGAAUAUAUAUAUAUAUAUACUUCAUUUUUUUCCUUCUCUAUCUCCCAUUCCCUCCUUUCUAUUUUUGUUUUACCGACUUUCAUGUCCAGUGUAAAAAGGCGGUCUUUAUCAGUGGAUUCACAUACAACCGAAACGUGCACGACGCAACAUAUUCAUGGAGUAGACAUAAAUACGAUUGCUUGAUAGCUUCAGUGUCUGUUUUUACAGAAAACUACAACUCUAUAGUACACAACUUUACUAUAGAGUAUAUACUACAACUCUAAAGUUGUGUAUAAAAAUAUUGUUAACAACAAUCGCUGCCUCUUUAACCUGUGACAUGUGCCAUCAUUCGACUGAAGAUUGUGUUUCACACAAUCUUUCGUGCUGACAAUCGAUUAUUGUUUCGGACAAACAUCGCGUCUUCGUCGGAUCGCGCUUUUCACACAGUCACUGAAGUUCCUAGAAUGAUUAAGUUUUUUUUUUCUAUUUUUGCACUUUGUUAUUCUUUGAUUUCUUUCUCUCUUCGUCUCUUCUUCUCUUUCAAUAAUAUAUCAUAUGGAUCGUUUUACAGAUCAAUCAUCGUUUUUCACAGGCACGACGAAGACGCGGUUUAUAUAUGUAUGUAUGUGUGCUCGCGCGAAUUCUCGGACAUCUUUACAUUCCAACUCUGCCUCGAUUCGAAUCGUUACUUUACAAAGCCGCUAUUUGCAUAUAGAUAUGUAUACACUUGCAUCAAUGCGUAAAAUUCAUUACGCAAAUUUAACGAUAAUUUAUUAUUUUGUAUUUUAGAAUUUAGGAUUAAAAAAAUGAACUUACUAAUUCAUUAAUAAUUAUACACUAAAUAUGCAAAGUAGAGCCCUUUUUUAUGCAGCAUGUGUCCAUAAAAUGAAACAUUAGUACUGCAAUAAUCUAAUGUCGGAGAGCGUACAAAAACAAAAAUAUUUUAUAUUCAAGGUGUUAGGGUUUUCUGUUUAUUUGUUUUAAUAACACUUACGCUUGGAUAUAUAUCCGGAUAUAUAUA